AUGGCACGACAGGAAAAUAUGGAAUCCCUUGAUUUGCUUCUCCAGAAUCUCUGUGACCCUGAUCAAGUAUUUGGAGGGAAGAUGGUCGUAUUUGAGGGAGAUUUCAGGCAAGUCUUACCAAUUGUUCCUCGUAAGUCUCAGAGAGAAGUGGUGGAUGCAAGCUUACUGCAGAAUGCUGAAGUUGAUUUUGUACAAUUGCCACGACACAUUAUACGUUGCUGUGAUCAAGAAAUCGAUCUUGUACCUGCUGUGGCAUCUGCUACUUUUCCUAAAAUUAGAAACAUAAACAUAUGUCCAACCAUCUUCACAGAAACAACAAUUCUUACACAUAUGAAUGAAGAUGUAGAUUCAAUCAAUACUUUUAUGAUUGACCAAUUUCCAGGAGAGCAUGCUACUUAUAAAAGCUUCGACUCGCUUCUUUAUGAUAAUUGUACAAUAUACCCCACUGAAUUCCUCAACAAAUUAUGUCUAGGAGGUAUGAGCCCGCAUGAGCUCAUCUUGAAGAUAGAUUGUCCUGUCAUCUUACUGCGAAACAUAGAACCGUCUGAAGGGUUGUGUAAUGAAACAAGACUUAUAUCAAAUUACCCUUUUAAAUUUGAGAGGAAGCAAUUUCCAAUUAAGCUCAGUUUUGCCAUGACAAUAAACAAGUCACAAGGUCAAACAUUAAACAAAGUUGUCAUAUAUCUUCCACAGCCUUGCUUCUCACAUGGUCAGCUAUAUGUAGCACUUUCGCGUGCAAAGAAGUCUAAAAAAGUCAUUGUCUUCAACCUAAAAGUAUCUUCAGCAUUGUCUACUUCACAUGUGAAAAAUGUUAUUUCUUACGACGUCCUAAGAUUAGCUUCAAUUAUUUAUCCAGAAUCAAUUGUGGUAGAAAAAAUAACAGAUGCCAGAGUUACUCAUUCUAGAUUAAUGCUGCCUGGUCAUGCUCGAGUCACAAUUACAGAAGAUAUUGUGCCGACUGCUCUCUUGCCAUGUCCUAAUGAUGAAUUAGUCUAUGUUUGUCAUGCAAAGAAAAGCUACACACCUUGGCCGAUUAACUUGAUUUUUCCAAGAAAGAAAAAAUCAGCUUAA